GUUACAUGUAUAGUGUUUAGCAUCUUUAAUAAUUGUGUUGGGUCCUUUUUAUUUUUGUGUAAUGCUCAGCAUCUAUAAUGCAUAUGUUGUUUCCUUUCUUGCAAACAUGUAAACCUUUGGUUGUAACCUUCCGUGCCUACUCUAAAGAUCAGAUCCUUAGAAUUCUUCGGGAGAGGCUCAUGGCACUACCCUAUGUUGUAUUCCAACCACAAGCAUUGGAGCUUUGUGCCAGAAAAGUUGCAGCUGCAUCUGGAGAUAUGAGGAAAGCACUUUCUGUAUGCAGGAGUGCAGUGGAGAUGUUGGAGGCAGAGAUGAGUGAAUCGUCAAGCAGCCUGAAUUCGUCAGUGGGAGAGGUCACUGAUCAGCAGACACCUCCAGACCUUGAAGUCUUCAAAAGACAACAAAACAUUCCCGUCACAUUUCAGGUCAGGAUUGAUCAUAUGGCUGCUGCAUUGUCAAAGACAUUUAGAUCACCAGUAGUUGAUACCAUACAAUCUCUUCCACAACAUCAACAGGUAAGUUUGUGCUAGUAGCAUAUGAACUUCAAUA